AUGGACAUAAUUGAUUUUGAAGUACUCGAUAUGUAUGAGCAAGAAUAUAUUCGUGUACAAGAAUUAUAUCAAAAACGAAAGCCAAUUGUUGAUAUUUAUGAAACUUGGAAUAAAUUUUGGACGAAAUAUGUCACAUUUGAUUCAUCGUAUAAAUUUGACAAUAUACCUGAUCGAUUAGAAUGGUCUAAAUUAGAUUGUGUUGAUCAAAAGUCAAUAGUUCGUGUUGGUCAUUCAGCUUGUUUUGUAUUAAACGCCAUUUUAACGUCGGCGAGUGAUGAUCACUAUGAGGGUGAUUGUAUUUACAUAUUAGGCGGAGUAAAUCCCUCGCAAUAUUUCCCUGAUAUUCAUUCACUCACAUUAUCAUCAUUAAAAUGGACUAAAAUAAUUGAUAAUGAAGAAACACUGUGUAAAUACGAACGUUCAACCGUUUAUAAUCAAUCAAAAAAUUCGAUCAUUUAUUUUGAUGGUGCUAAUACUGAGAAAAAAUAUUACAAAAUCUUCGCUUGGGGUUUAUAG